AUGAGGUACUUUUCCAUCGAAGCAGUGCUCCUCUUUGCAGGGUGCAUACUGCCCAGCAAUGCUUUCGACAUUCUUCGCAAACGGGAAGCAGCCAACGCCACAUACAAAGACUCUUCUGCUUCGGUUGAUGCCAGGGUAUCCGAUCUCCUCUCGCGUAUGACCAUCGAGGAGAAGACAGCACAGCUCAUCCAGGGCGAUAUUUCGAAUUGGUUAAAUACGACUACCAACGAAUUCAACAGCUCCGGUCUGGUAUGGAACUUCAACGCCCGCGCUGGUCAAUUCUAUGUUGGUUAUGCGAUGCCACCAAGUUGGAUAAGUGAAGGCAUUAAGAGGGCUCAAGACUAUCUUUUGCACAACACGACACUCGGAAUACCCGCCUUGACUCAGACAGAGGGUAUCCACGGUGUGAUCAUCGGCAACGCAACGAUAUUCAAUAGUCCAAUUGCUCAUGCAUGUUCUUGGGAUCCAGAACUUAUUCAUGAGAUGGCGGUCGUGAUCGCGACAGAAUCACAGUCCUUAGGUAUUAACCAGCUCUUCGCACCAAUCGUAGACCUAGCACGCGAGCUCCGCUACGGCAGAGUCGAGGAGACGUACGGUGAAGAUCAAUUUCUUGCGGGAGAAAUGGGAUACCAGUACGUCAAGGGAGUUCAAAGCCUGAACGUCAGCGCCACAGUCAAGCACUUUGCUGGGUUCUCCGCGCCAGAACAGGGUCUGAACACCGGACCGGUCCAUGGUGGAGAGCGAGAACUACGAACAACAUGGCUACCGUCUUUCAAGCGUGCCAUCAUUGACGCUGGCGCCUGGAGCAUCAUGGGGGCCUAUCAUUCCUACGACGGCAUUCCUUCUGUGGCUAAUUCACAUCUUCAAGAAACCGUCUUGCGGGAAGAGUGGGGAUACAACUACUGGGUUACUUCUGAUGCGGGCGCUACGGACCGAUUGUGUUGCAAUUUCAAGCUCUGCCAAUGCAAGACUGCCGACAAGCCUAUCGAUAGGAAAGCGGUAACUCUGAUGACUCUUCCUAACGGCAACGAUGUAGAAAUGGGUGGCGGCUCAUACAACUACGAAACGAUUCCCCAGCUAGUUGAAGAAGGCCUGAUUGAUAUCGAUGUGGUCAACAGAGCAGUUGCACGUCAACUCCGAGCUAAGUUCGAGAUGGGUCUCUUCGAGAACCCGUACAAAGGCGUGUCGAUAGAAGCUACCAAGUCUAUCAUUCACGCCAAAGCGCACGUGGAGCUUGCGCGUAAAAUCGAAACUGAAUCAAUCGUUCUUCUCGAGAACAAGAACCGAACCCUACCAUUAUCAAAGUCCGCCAACAUUGCCGUCAUUGGCCCCAUGGGUAACUUCACCAACCUUGGUGAUUACGUCGUCUACCGUUCGCAAUACAAUCCCACCAACGUGACCCCGCUGCAAGGUAUUCAGGACGCUUCGAAUGGAACAGUAACCUUCGCACAAGGCUGCGAACGCUGGUCAAACGAUCAAUCCGGUUUUCCCGAUGCUGUCGCCGCAGCAGAGGCCGCGGACGUUGCAGUCGUCCUGGUGGGUACUUGGUCUCGCGACCAGAACGAACUCUGGCAGGGAUUGAAUGCCACCACAGGUGAGCAUGUUGAUGUCGCCUCUUUAAACCUGGUCGGUGCUAUGGGUCCGCUGGUGCAAGCCAUUAUCGAGACUGGCAAGCCUACGAUUGUGGUGUACUCUUCUGGCAAGCCUGUCACCGAGCCCUGGAUUUCGGAAAGCGCGGCCGCUCUUGUACAGCAGUUCUACCCUGGCGAGCAAGGUGGAGCGGCUUUGGCGGACAUUCUUUUCGGUGAUGUAAAUCCUUCUGGCAAACUAUCCGUCUCGUUCCCGUACGACGUUGGCACACUACCUAUCUACUACGACUUCUUGAACUCCGGACGCUACACGGAUGCCGGUCAAAUUUAUUCAAAUGGUACACUGAAGUUCGGGCACCAGUACGUCCUCAACACACCACAGCCAUUGUAUGAAUUCGGGUACGGCCUUUCCUAUGCCAACUUCACCUAUUCGAACAUUACAUUCUCCAAGACCGAGGUCAGUGCAGGUGAGACUAUCACUGCAACCGUCAGCGUCACCAAUGAGGCUUCUGUGGAUGGCAAAGAAGUAGUCCAAGUAUACGUACAGGAUGUUCUUACGUCUGUUGUUGUGCCAAACAUUGAGUUGAAGGGCUUCAAGAAAGUGUUGGUGAAGGCCGGGGAGACGGUAGACGUAAGUGUGGAGCUUGACGUUGCAAACUGGGGCUUGUGGAAUGGUAAGAUGCAGUAUGUGGUUGAAAAGGGAGAGUUCCUCGUGCAUGCUGGAAGCAGCUCGAAAGAUCUGAGGACCAACGGUACAGUGACGGUUGUGUGAUUAGUUGGCGCGUGAACAUGUGAUGGCGCGUUACAGAAGAAGACGCGCUAGUGAGCGGUCAUAGUCUGUGCGGGGU